AUGGAUGUGGAUGCGCUGAAUACUACAAAUGAUACUUCAUGUAAAGUAGUAAGUGUUAUGGAACCGGAAGAAAUAGUUGAGAUGACCGUGAAAGCUGGGAAAAAGCUGCUUUUGCAGGGCAUUUCACUAUUUGGUUUGGUUGGUGAUCACGUCAACGAGGCAUUUUUGUUAUCAAAUAUUGGUCAGCUUUACCGUUUACAGUUACACUGCCAAAUGUAUUUUACUGAUUUUAGUUUGCCAUAUGAUCCGGAGAAGGAGAAAAACUGUGUUUUAGAGGCAAUCGAGCAUUAUCAGCGUGCAUUGACUACCAUUGCUGAUUUUCGAAGUACUCAGUUCCCACUGUUUGAAAGUAUUAGUAAGGAUUUGGCUGGUAUUUACCUCACCUAUGCAGUAAGACUUCAAGACAAUGUGCAACCGGGAAUGAUACAAAGUCAUCCUGAAAAGAUGACAGUUGAAAUACAUGAAUUUUUGAAUCGUGCUCAGUCAGCUUACACAUUAAUUCGUGAUUCUGUGAGAUGUUCUCCAAAAAUGCAUUAUGAAGCUGAUCGGUGUAUUAUUGAAAUUUUGUUUCGAUUCGGUAAAUUAUUUCAGCAUGCAGCGCAAUACAGCACUGUUGGCUUACCUCGUAAGCUAAAAGAUUAUGAAAGACAAGCGAUCGAGCAUUAUAGCGCAUGUUUCAACUAUGUGGUGGGGAAGAUUACUAGAGCCACAAAAACAAAGUCAUCCAAAAAGCAUGAUAAAAUAUGUCUUCGGGAGUGUAUAACAGCCUUGAGAGCUGCUUUAGAGAGUACAAAAUGUUCAGAUGUUAAUACACGUGUCAGUACUGCCGAUGCACGCAUCAAACGUUCACGUAGAUCAUUGGCUGCAUUAUUCGUAACAACUCAACCAUUAAUGCUGCACCUGGAAACCUCACUUUCUGCUUCAGAGGAAGAAAAAAAGAAUUUUUUGUUAGAAGAUGAUUCUUUAAUGCAUUUUAAUAGUUACCACGAAACAUUACAUCUUUUUGUGCAAUAUGUCCGAAACAUUGUCAAGGAUGCUCUGCAGUGUUUGGUAGCACGUUGUAAUUCGAAAAUGUUGGAUCUUUGGAAGAACAUUUAUCGGUUGUUACUUCAAAUUCAGAUUACAGGUGAAGGUUGUAGUUUGCCACAGUGCCUGCUACAACUAGCUGAUUGUGCAAAGCAUUUUACUUUGCCUGCUGGCGUUAAUUUACUUUUUUUUCGACGCUACAAUGUACCUUUUUAG